CGCAAAGUGUCUUAUCUUCAUCGCGUGCCUUACCUAAGCCCUGCCGGAUAUGUCUCGUAUUAGGUAAGGCGGACACCAGCUCCCGUCGCCGCUGGCCAGUCACUGUAAGGUACGGUACGAAGCACUGCGUAAGGCACCUGAGUGUUUAGUUGUGUGGCUCGAGUGUUCGGUUCCAGCUUCCAAUGAGCUUGCAAUCGCGUUCGUGUCCUUUCGACCUCCUGGAAACCCAAAAAAGCUGCCAGCUGUGCUAAACGCAGCCUCGAAGCUCCCUCCCCAGCAACCCAAGAAUUCCAACGUCACGACGCCAAAACAUCGCGAACCCAAACAAAACGACACGUCACGACGACGCUUGACGACGACGACAACGAAACCACCGGCGUGCAAGGCGACCUGUACUUGCUUGAUUACAACCAUCCGAUAAGCCGUGCGCGCGCUGUCACUGGCAGCUCCAAGCUCUCCCCCGUGUUGAAGCUCCCUCCCGCCCCCAAUCGUCAAUCGCGAUCCAUCGCCUCGCCGCUAUCAAUCUGUCACGAUGCUCAAUCUCUUCCGCGUUGCCGGGGACUUGUCCCACCUUGCCAGUAUCGGCAUUCUCCUCCACAAGAUGGUGCAGCUGAACAGCUGUUCUGGUAUUUCGUUCAAGUCGCAAGCCCUUUACUUCCUGGUCUACAUCACCAGGUACCUUGACUUGUUUACGACCUCUAGUCUAUGGAACCUCGUUUUCAAAAUCCUCUUCAUCUCUUCCCAAGGGUACAUUGUUUACCUGAUGACGACCGCCUACAAGCCAACCAACGACCCCAACCAGGAUACCUUCCGCGUCCAGUACCUGCUCGGCGGAGCUGCCGCCCUGGCCAUCAUCUUCCCCUACUCGUACACCUUCUGGGAGAUCUCCUGGACCUUCUCUAUCUGGCUCGAGGCCGUUGCCAUCUUGCCUCAACUCUUCAUGCUUCAGCGCACCGGCGAGGCCGAGACCAUCACCACCCACUACCUCUUCGCCCUCGGUAUCUACCGUGCCCUGUAUAUCCCCAACUGGAUCUACCGUUACUUCACUGAGGUCAACCACAAGGUUGACUGGAUCGCCAUUACCGCCGGUAUUAUCCAGACCAUCCUUUACAGUGACUUCUUCUGGAUCUAUUACACCAAGGUGAUGAAGGGCAAGAAGUUCAAGCUGCCCGUUUAAAAUGGUACUCUCCCACCCACGAGGUUUCGCACAGCUUCCGACCUGGAAACAUCCGCCAGGUUGCGGGCGCCGCGGAAUACAGAGUCAUGGGUUGUAACAACAAAAGCUAUGAACAAGCGCUGGAGCCAAAUGGCGGGCCAUGACCUUGUUCUUAUUUUCGUCCAGUCUCUCAACAAGUAUUGGGAUUUUCUCAGGCACACAACGCAAAACCAGAAG